UCCUUCCUUGGGUUCCACGGGUCUGCAGAAAUGGGUUCAACUUCAACUUCUGCAUUCUUGGUCUGUUCUCAAAUUAUACUUCCCGGACCCAAAGUCUCCAGCUACAAUGUCCGGAAAUCGCCCAACUCUCGGUUCAUCGGUCUUCGGAAGAAUUACAACGCAGUUGCGAAAUUUUUCCAUUUCCCCACUCUCAAUCCUCCCGUCUCCAAGCUCUCCGAGUCCGAUUCAUGCCGUUCUUCCCCAUCCCAGAGAAAUUUGUCCAAAUAUUUCCUUGAGAAGUUCGUGGCUUUACUUAUUGGGUCAUUUAUCUUCAUGGGUUGUUUCAAUGUUAGAUAUGCCAUGGCAUUGCCUGCUCAGAGAAGCAGCAAAAGCCCAACAUUGGAUGAGAAAACUGAUACUCUAAGUGAGGAUAGUGAAGAGGAGAUGAGAGAGAGGAUUUUGGAGCAUGAGCCAAGAAAUAUUGACACUCUGAAAGCUGUUUUGUAUGGGAAGAUGAGGAGUGGAAAGACAAAGGAGGCCAUUAAGUACGUUCAGAGGCUGAUUGAUCUUGAGCCAGAGGAAGUCGAAUGGAGGCUUUUGAUGGCUCUUUGUUAUGAGACAAUGGGGCAGCUGGACACAGCAAAAAGAUUGUUCAUGGAAAUUUUGGAGAAGAAACCUCUUUUGGUUAGAGCUUUGCAUGGUCUGGCAUUAGUGAUGCAUAAGAACAAGGAAGGUCAAUCUGUCUUUGAUAUGCUCAAUAAGGCUCUGGAUAUUGCUCGUGACGAGAAAAAAGUAACUGAGCAGAGGAGCAUUGGAAUACUAAUUGCUCAAAUGCAUGUUGUGAAGGGGGAACUGGAAGAGGGCUUGAAGAAGUUUCAAGAUCUUGUUGAUGAGAACCCACGAGAUUUUCGGCCUUAUCUUUGCCAGGGAAUCAUAUACAGUCUGCUAGACAAAAAAAGAGAAGCUGCAGAGCAGUUUGAGAUGUAUCGGGCUGUUGUGCCUGAUGAAUUUCCUCAGAAGGAAUUUAUCGACGAUAUCGUGUUGUCAGCUACAACUGCAUCACGGGAACAGUUCGAGAAGGAGUUUGCUGCUGAAUUUUCAUACAAGAAGUGAAGCAAAGAAGAAAAGGACUCUGAUUAUUAGUUUCAGGAGUGUUCUGAAUGCGACCACACGAACACCAAUGCUUCUGAUCCUAUUAUAACUCUGAAGUGUGCUUGGGCUCAUGUCAGGCGCACACUUCAAUGGUCUUUGUGUAAAACUUGUUGAGGGUGUUCAUCCAUGUAGAAUCACAUUGUAAGGGAAUUGGCUGUUUUAUGAUAACAAACAAAGAAAACAGAGUGCAGUGGAGCGGUUACUUUGAGUCUCCUUAACUCAUAAUGUAUCAGCAAUAUCAGAAUGGAGACAGACUUGAAAUGGAGACGAUACAGGGCUGUUGAUGACAAUGAACAAAGAAGAUAGAGCUCGGUGGAGGUAUUGUUGCUUGAAUAUAGUAAUAGGCUAAUAGUGAUUUAAUUUGAAUUUUAUGUAAUUCAGAAAUAUCAGAGUAAACAGACCUGAUUGUAUGCUUUAUUCUUUCUCUCUCUGUUUUUCUUUCCUCAAAGUUAUGGAUAUACUGAGUCUGGGAGUUGCAUGUUCAAUUGAUGGAACCUAACACCAGCUUUCUUGGAACGGUCUAUUAUUUGUCUGCAAUGAGUUCUUGCCAA